AUGUUACAAAGUAGACCUCAAGGAAAUUUGCCAAGUAAUACUGAGGGUGCGAUCUCCUUGGGGAGCGGCAAGGAGUUGGUAGAGCCAGUUGAGAAAUCUAGUCUUCCAUCAAAAAUGGAGUCUGACAAGAAGAAUAAGGUGGACGAAGAGGUUAAUGAGAACCUUGAGAAGAAGCAGCCAGAAAUAAGUAUUGAGCAUCACAUCACGAUCCCAUAUCCUCAGAGGCUGCAAAACAAGACGCUUGACAAGCAGUUUUCCAAGGUCUUAGAUGUUUUCCGAAAACUUCACAUCAACAUUCCCUUUGCAGAAGCUUUAGAACAAAUGUCGAGUUAUGUGAAGUUCAUGAAGAAAUUCUUGUCAAAAAAAAGGAAAUUGGAGGAUUAUGAGACAGUGGCACUUACUGAGGAGUGUAGUGCAAUAUUUCAAAAGAAACUACCUCCCAAGCUUAAAGAUCUGGGUAGUUUUACCAUUCAUUGUACUAUAGGGAAUGCGGUUUUUUAG